AUGUCAACUUCUUGGUUUUUAACUAAAGCAAUAGAACAAAUAAAACCUGUCAAAGUAUACAAUAACUUUAAGGGAGAUAGACUACAGUUACUAAAAGAUCAAAAAGAUAAGGUUGGUGUUUAUUAUUUAGUCAAUUUAAUAAAUGGCCAUAGCUAUAUUGGUAGUUCUAUGAAUCUUGCAGGGAGAAUGCGUAAUUAUUUAAAUAAUACUUUUUUAAAACAUAAAAAAAAUUGUAAUAUCCCUAUUGUAGAAGCAUUGUUAAAAUAUGGACAAGAUAACUUUGCUGUUUUAAUUAUAGAAUAUGUAGAUGUUAAAGAAUUAACUAUACGAGAAACGUAUUUUUUGCGAAAAUUAUUACCUUAUUAUAAUGUUUUAAAACAAGGUUAUUCAUCAAUAGGUUAUAAACAUACAGAAGCUACUAAACAAAUGCUUUCUGAAUUAGCUAAAAAUAGGAUACAUUCUGAUCAAACAAAAGCUUUAAUAUCAAGAGCUUUAACUGGUGAAAAUAAUCCUUUUUACAAUAAAACUCAUUCUGUAGAAACUAAAUUAAGAAUGAUCGAAGCUAAUUCGGCAUAUCCUGUUUAUAUUUAUAAUUCAUAUAGAGAACUACUAGUAGUUUUUCCUUCGGUUACAACUUUAGCUAAGUUAAUUAAUUCUAAUCAUUCUACAAUAGUAAGUUAUAUAAAAAAUAAAGUAUUAUUUAGAGAAAUUAAAAAUAGUUCACAUAUUAAAAAGGCAAUAUUUGUAUAUAACACAAAUAAAGAGUUUAUAUGUAAACUUGAUGGUGUAACGCAUGCUGAAAGAGAAUUUAGUAUUAGCCACGAAAUAAUAAAAAAAUAUGCAUUAUUAAAUAAAGCAUAUGGAGGAUAUAUUUUUAGUUACGAAAGAUUGAAAGAUUAA